AUGGCCAGCUUUGGGCUAGGCCUCCUGGUGCUGCUGCUGACCACCCACCCUGAACCCUCGAAGGCUCAGCACUGGUCCCACAGCUGGCACCCUGAAGGAAAGCAAGCCUCCAGCUCACUCCAUGACCCCCAACAUACUCCUGGGCCCCCAGCUCACAGCCCAGGCCAAAUUGUCCCCAACCUCCCAAGCGAUGUUCUGGCUCCCCAUAAGGACAGUGUGCCCAGGGAAAGUAGGACCAUGGCCCGGUGGCUCCUCUGCAGGAAGCAGCACCUGGUGCAGACACUGCUGUCGGUGUGA